UCUUGGCAUCAGCAGCCCUUCUCAGAGAUGCACAGAUGUCUGGAUCCCGUGGAAGCUACACCCCUCUUCUCUGCUCUCUUUUUCAAGCCGAUCGGAGGCGCCUCCGUUUGAUUUCGGCCUCUCACAUCUGUGGAAACUAACCAAUGCGGGUUGGAUUUGGAGAAGGAACGGAAUCAUUUGUUGCGCUUCGUUGCACUGGUUUGAUCCACCAGCCACAGGGCUGUGGUAUAAACAAUGGCGGGUCCCGAGCAGUCCCAGCAGCAGCAGCAGGUAGAGGAGAAAGCCGAGCACAUAGAUGAUGCCGAGAUGGCUCUGCAAGGUAUAAACAUGCUGCUCAACAACGGAUUCAAGGAAAGCGACGAGCUCUUCAGGAGAUACAGGACUCAGAGUCCACUGAUGAGCUUUGGCGCCAGCUUCGUCAGCUUCCUGAACGCCAUGAUGACCUUCGAGGAGGAAAAGAUGCAGACGGCCUGUGACGACCUGAGGACCACGGAGAAGCUGUGCGAGAGUGACAGCGCCGGCGUGAUCGAGACAAUCAGAAACAAGAUUAAAAAGAGUAUGGAUUCCCAAAGGUCAGGAGUUGUUGUGGUGGACCGCCUACAGCGACAGAUCAUCGUCGCGGACUGCCAGGUGUACCUCGCUGUGCUCUCCUUCGUCAAACAGGAGCUGUCAGCAUACAUCAAAGGAGGCUGGAUUCUGCGUAAGGCAUGGAAAAUGUACAACAAGUGCCACAGCGACAUCAGCCAGCUGCAGGAGGCCUGUCAGCGCAGGUCCUCCGGCAACCAGGAGUCCCUCUCGGCCGACAACGCCAACCACAACGCGCCGGUGGAGAACGGCGUGACGGCCGAGGCCCUGGACCGGCUCAAGGGCUCCGUCAGCUUCGGCUACGGGCUCUUCCACCUCUGCAUCUCCAUGGUGCCGCCACACCUGCUCAAGAUCAUCAACCUCCUGGGUUUCCCGGGCGACCGCCUCCAGGGCCUCUCCUCCCUCAUGUACGCCAGUGAGAGCAAGGAUAUGAAGGCGCCGCUCGCCACGUUGGCCCUCUUGUGGUACCACACAGUAGUGCUGCCUUUCUUUGCUCUGGAAGGCUCCGACACACACGCAGGGCUGCUGGAGGCCAAAGCUAUUCUGCAGAGGAAGUCGGUGGUCUAUCCCAACUCGUCUCUCUUCAUGUUCUUCAAAGGACGCGUGCAGAGGCUAGAGUGCCAUAUCAACAGUGCUUUGGCCUGUUUCCAUGACGCACUAGAGCUCGCUUCAGACCAAAGAGAGAUCCAGCACGUGUGUCUCUAUGAGAUUGGUUGGUGUAGCAUGAUCGAGAUGAAUUUCGAGGAUGCAUACCGGGCGUUCGAAAGGCUGAAGAACGAGUCUCGCUGGUCGCAGUGCUACUAUGCUUACUUAACUGGCGUGUGUCAGGGUGCUGCAGGCGACCUGGACGGAGCCAGCGGAGUUUUCAAAGACGUGCAGAAGCUGUUCAAGAGGAAAAAUAACCAGAUCGAGCAGUUUGCAGUAAAAAGAGCUGAGCGGCUGAGGAAGAUGUCGCCCACCAGAGAGCUAUGCAUCCUCGGAGUCAUCGAGGUCCUUUAUCUGUGGAAAGCACUUCAGAACUGCUCCUCCUCCAAACUGCAGAUCAUGAAUCAGGUGUUACAGAGUUUAGAUGAAGCUUCUUGUAGAGGCCUGAAGAAUCUCCUGCUGGGUGCCAUUCACAAAUGCCAUGGAAAUAUGAGAGAUGCCAUUCAGUCUUUCCAGAUGGCGGCCAGAGACGAGUACGGACGGCAGAUCAACUCGUACGUUCCGCCGUAUGCCGUCUAUGAGCUGGGAUGUAUACUCCUCGCAAAGCCAGAGACGGUAGGAAAAGGGAGAUCAUUGCUUCUGCAGGCAAAGGAGGAUUUCACAGGCUACGACUUUGAGAAUCGGCUUCACGUCCGCAUCCAUUCUGCCCUCGCCUCUUUGAAAGAAGUAGUGCCUCAGUGACUCCGGACAGGCGAAGCUGCAGCGGCUCAAACUUUGCAC